UAGCUGCGCCGUAGGCAUUCCUGAGCGAGGGUCUGCAGGCGCAGGAGAGACGACGGCGCAUUGUUUAAUCGCUCUAAAAGCAGUCUACUAGUCCAGUAAUCAGCCCCCACUCAUGCCCAAAUCAUACAAGCCACCGGCACGGCACCGCCGCAAGGGCACCGGCAGGGCCCCCGCCGGAAAGCCUGCGCUCGCGGCAGCGCGCCAUUGCUGCUGCUGCCGCCCGACCUGCUGCUGCGCAGAGGCAUGCCGGGGCGGUACACGCGGCCCGCGCCCACAGGCCACAGGCUUCCAUGAAUUGCCCGCAGGAGGAUAGAGGUCGCAAGGAAGCCCGAGGAGGCCCCCAUGCCCCCUCCUCCUCCCUCAUAAACGCGUCCCCGUCAAACCCGUCGUCGUCCCUGCCGCGCCACUGUUGCCUUUCCUCCUUGCCGGUCCGAGCGCGGCCGUGGCGGAGUAGUACAGCGGAAGCCAGCCAGCCAGCCACCACUCCCUCAUUCCUUUUUCCCACUCCCUUCCGCUCCAAGCUCGACGACCGUCUCCAGACCGGAGCAGCUUCUCCCUAGCUCAUCCGGUUCCUCAUACUAUAAGUACACGCGCAUCCAGCCACCGGCCUUCUCCCACCACCACCUUCGCCGCCAUAGCUUCUCUGCUGCUGCUGCUACCUUGCUAGACACCCCACCCAAGCUCAUCGGCUUCUAGUUCUAGCAACUUCUCCUUCGCUAGUUUGCUGGCGGCGGCGGCGGGUUGGAGAGCCGCAGACUCACAGAGAAGAGGCCAUGGAGCACAAGGCGAGGCGGCGGCACGUGCCGGCGUUCGGGGAGUGGAACUACUACUCGUCCUCGUCCUCGCCGGAGGAGCCGCAGCUGCCGCACUCCGGCGCCGCGGCGGCGGCGGGGGACUCCGCCUGGUGGUACGCGGCGGCGGCGGCGGAGCCGGAGGCCUGCAGCGACGCGUGGUUCCGGUACUCGCCGCCCCCGCGCAGGCCACCAGCGCCCAAGAAGGCGCGGAGGCCGGCGCCGGGGGAGCACAAGCUGCCGGCGCGCUGCGACAACUACAGCGACGGCGCUGGGAACGGGAACGGGGGCGCGAGGAGCGUGCCAGCGGCGGAGGCCCGGGCGCGGGCGUCCCGCGCCGUUGCGGCGCCGGCCAAGGGCGCCGCCCGCAGGGUGGUCAGGCCCGUCGACGCCGACCUGUACCGGGUGCCGCCACCGGACGACGCCGUCGUCUCCCGCCGGCCGAGACGGAAGAGGGCGGCGAGGAGCCUCUGGAUGGGUUGCCUAGGCGGCUUCAACUGCGUCGCCUGAACCUGAAGAAGCACCAACGCUGUCACGCCGCCGGCUGAAAAGAUGCAAUGCAACACCCAGAGCUCGGAUGGCGUAUGGAAUCUGGAGCGUUGGUCAUGGACUCAUGAUAAACUACUAGUGUAGUUGUAGUAGCUCUGCUCUGUUCUUGUUUGCUUGCCAUGCCAUGAAACGCCGCCAUUGAUCUUCAGAUCGACUUCAAUAGGAUGUGUGUGCAGCUGCGUGUGCCGGCAGCAUCUUUGUCAUGGCAUGUAGUCACUAGUGGUACUGUAACUCGGAUGUACGAUAGAACCUUCUUGUUUCUCAUCACUCUCGAACCACCUCACCCAAGUUUUCGUUGUUUGUC